GACUACACUGGGUUGAACCUGCACCUACAUACAUACAGUACCAUCGAAUCGUGACGCUUGAGCUCGAGAGUCGUUGCUUAACGUGUGUACAUAUACCCGUUUACGGUAAGAAAAAGGGACGUGGCAAAGACAUAGGUGAUCGAAAUGGCAUCGUACUCUGAGGACCAGUUGGCAGGAUGUAUGGUUGUACGUACCAAGAACUGACUAAUAGGAUGAUGUCAUCCAUUGAGGAGUUUCAAGAGGCGUUCCAACUGUUCGACAGUCGGGGAGAUGGAAAAAUUCACGUAGCACAAAUUGGAGAUGCAUUACGUGCCCUAGGACAAAAUCCAACCGAAUCAGAUGUGAAAAAAUUCACUCAUCAACACAAACCGGAUGAACGCAUUAGUUUUGAAGUAUUCCUGCCAAUAUAUCAAGCUAUCAGCAAAUCUCGUACAUCCGACACUGCUGACGAUUUCAUAGAAGGUUUACGUCACUUCGACAAAGAUGGGAACGGUUUUAUCUCAUCGGCUGAAUUGAGACAUCUGUUAACUACGCUGGGUGAAAAACUCAGUGACGAAGAAGUCGAAACUCUAUUGGCUGGCCAUGAAGAUUCACAGGGUAAUAUUAACUAUGAAGAUUUCGUUCGUCAAGUGAUGUGUGGUUAAACUAGCAAUUGCUAAUCAGUAAGAUUUGUAUCUAUCAUAAAAGUUUUAUGACAAAAGCAUUUACUUUUUUUUAAUUUACUGUACUUCGUCACAAUGCAAUGUUAUAAUAAGAUUGUACAUGUAUGAUAGCUAUCAAUAAUCUUUUGUUAUCAUGAUAGAA